AUGGUCACGACGCAUGAGAACGGAGCGUGUAUACCGCCUGACCCUCAGUCGUCUCGUGCGCAAGGCGAGCAGGAUGCCUCUCAGGCCAACAAGCUGUCCAAACUGCAUCUCUGCACCGCCACCGAGAUCCGCGAGCUGGUUUACAAAGAGCGGGUCACCGUCCAAGAGUAUGCCCAGGCACUCAUUGGGAGAUUCAACCAGCGGAACCACGAGGUGAAGGCUUGGGCUCACUAUGACAAGAAUACUAUUCUAGCCGAGGCGAAGAGGUUGGAUGACCUGCCUCCAGCUGCGAGGGGGCCGUUGCACGGCGUUGCGGUAGGGAUAAAGGAUGUUUUGCUAACAAAAGACAUGCCAACGCGAUACAAUUCUCGCAUCAACGAGGAUGACGGCAAUGCAGCAGCAGACGCUGACGCUGUCGCCAUUCUCCGCACUGCGGGAGCCCUCAUUCUCGGCAAGACGGCCACGACCGAGUUUGCGGCCAAGGUCGAGGGGGGCUCGUGCUGCAACCCGCGCUCGCUGCAGCACACACCCGGGGGCUCGAGUUCGGGCUCCGCCGCCGCCGUGGGCGACAAUCAGGUUCCCAUUGCACUUGGGACCCAGACCGGGGGCAGCAUCAUCCGGCCGGGAGCGUUUAAUGGGUUGUAUGCGUUCAAACCUACGUGGGGACUGGUAUCUACCGAGGGCGUCGGUCGAUUCUCCACUACCUGUGAUACAGUCGGGUUCUUUGCCCGCACUCUCGACGACCUCGCCUUGCUUGCCAAGGUAUACCGGCUCGACUUUGACUACAGCCAGCCGCCGGAGCCAUUCAGCAUCCAAGGAGCGAGCAUUGCGUUUGUCAAGACGUCUGUCUGGGAUCAGGCCGGGUCGGGGACGAGGAAGGCUUGGGAAAAGGCCCGGUCGCUGCUUGCUGAUGCAGGCGCUGUGAUUCAAGAUUUCGAUCUUCCUGAGCCCUUUCAGAAGUGUCGCGAGUGGCGGGAGACUAUCGUUGCCGGAGAAGCUCGGUCGGCGUUUCUAUCUAAGUUUGUUGAGUCUCAGCCCAAAUUGCACGCCUCGCUACAGGCACUCGUGCAGAAUAAGCACGAUCCAAGCCGAAGGGACAUGCUGGAGGCGUAUGACGGCGUGGCCCGACUACGGCCGCAGUGGGACGAGAUUGCUCGCCGGUACGAUGUCGUCGUCACGCCCAGUACGGUUGAUGACGCACCCAAGGGGCUCUGGGACACUGGAAGCGCGGUGUUCAACGUCGUGUGGACCAUUCUCCAUGCUCCCACGCUCAAUGUCCCGGGGUUCUUCGGAGAGCACGGCCUCCCGAUCGGGCUGACCGUUGUCGGCCCUCGCUACGGCGACAUGCAGCUGCUCCUAGCUGGCAAAACAAUCGGCGAGCUGUUUGAGCGGAAGGGAGGUAUCUAG